AUGGGGAACUCAACAGGAAGCACCGUGGACGAUCUGCAGGCGGUGGAGAUGCACCUCUGGUACAAGAAGUUCAUGACCGAGUGCCCGUCGGGUCAGCUCACCCUGCACGAGUUCAAGCAGUUCUUCGGCCUGCGAGGGCUGGACCCCGAGGCCACCGCGUACAUCGAGCAGAUGUUCCGGACGUUUGACAUGAACAAGGAUGGCUACAUAGACUUCAUGGAGUACGUGGCCGCUCUCAGUCUGGUGAUGCGAGGAAAGAUGGAGCACAAGCUGCGCUGGUACUUCAAACUUUAUGAUGUGGACGGCAACGGCUGCAUCGACCGACACGAGCUCCUCAACAUCAUAAAGGCCAUCCGCGCAAUCAACGGGAAUGAGAAUCAGGAUGUAACUGCUGAGGAUUUCACCAACCGCGUGUUUGACAGGAUUGAUAUAAACGGAGAUGGUGAGCUCUCCCUGGAGGAGUUUGUGGCCGGCGCCCGCAGUGACGAAGAUUUCAUGGAGGUGAUGAUAAAAAGUCUGGACCUCUCCCACAUUGUGGCCAUGAUCCACAACAGGCGGCACAGUGUUUAGAUCCGCUCGGCCCGACUGACUCAUCCUCAUUCAUGAUUUCACCCGAGCGCUUCAGUACGUUGCCUCUGGUAAAAUAAGUCAUUUAUUGACUGAGAUUUCUAUUAAGAUUGAAUCCAGUUGAAUAUGAUGCCAGUGUAGUGCAAACACUGACAUUUCUUCUUCUUUUUUUAAAAACCUCUAAAGAAAGACACACAUGCACUUUAAAAUGCACUUGGAUGACUCAGUGAACCAGUGCAGACUGGUCAUUGUCCUUGUUUAAUGACGCUGAGCUCUCCCAAGGCCACCUUGGCAUGAGGGAUGAUCUCUCUGACGCUGCACUCACCCACUGAUACCUCCGGGGAUAAAACAGGGAGAUAGAGGAGCAGAGUGGCAAUUAUAUGCACUCAAUGCUUUCCAAAUCUUUUUUUUUUUUCCUGGGUCUGGGUUCCUCUGCAUCACAUUACUCAACUCUCUGUUUACUCGCUCCUGCCUGAAGGCAAACAGGAGGAAGCCAUGACUCUGUGCUUCACAUCCAGCUCAUUUGAUCGAGCCAAAGGCUGAAAUACAGAGCGGGUAAAGGUUUCCUGAGGAGAUUAACCAAGUGCGCACAUCGAUUGUCGAGUGUUUACCUUUUUAUAACUUUUUUUUUUUUAAUUGAUUCAAGUAGAAACAAAAGGUGAAAACACAGGCUCGGCAUU